CUUUCCAUCGUACCAUUACUAUCCCUUCACUUUUUCAGUUUUUACGAGCAAAAAUGGUCGCCUCUAGCGUUCUUGGUUUCCCCCGCAUCGGCGCCAAUCGUGAAGUGAAAAAGGCUGUCGAAGCCUACUGGGCUGGCAAGAUCACUGCAGAUGACCUUACCAAGGCUGCAGCCGAUGUUAAAAAGACAAGCUGGACCUCCGUCAAAGCCAAGGGCGUUGACUUUGUCCCAAGCGGCGAAUUUUCUUUGUACGAUCACGUCCUUGAUCACUCUGCUGCCUUCAAUGUGAUCCCAAAGCGAUACAUUGGCCAUGGCCUCUCCCCUCUUGAUGUCUACUUCGCCAUGGGACGAGGUCGCCAGGCUGAUGGUGUUGAUGUUCCUGCCUCUGAGAUGAAGAAGUGGUUCGACUCUAACUACCACUACGUCGUCCCGGAAUUCUCAGAGGAGACUGACUUCCAGUUGAAGUUCAACAAGGCUCUCGAAGAGUACCAAGAGGCCAAGGUUGCUGGUGUCACCACACGCCCCGUCGUUUUGGGUCCCAUCUCUUUCCUCGUCCUCGGAAAGGCAUCGAAGGAGGCCAAGCCCGGUUUCCAGGCUAUCUCUCUCCUUCCCAAGCUGUUGCCUGUGUACAAGACGCUCUUGGCUGACCUCAAGGCAGCUGGUGUCGAAUGGGUUCAGAUCGAUGAACCUGUUCUUGUUCUCGAUGUUGCAGCCAAUCUAGAGAAACAGUUCGCCUCUGCCUAUGCUGAGCUUGCGCCUGUUUCCCCCAAGAUCAUGCUCACCACUUACUUCUCCCGACUCGACUCGAACCUUUCAUACGUCGCUCAGUUGCCUAUCGCCGGUCUUCACAUUGAUCUCGACCGUGCUCCCGGCCAACUAGACGAUGUCAUCGCCGCUAUCAAGCCCACUCCCAUCGUUCUUUCUUUGGGAUUGGUCUCAGGGCGCAACAUCUGGAAGGCUGAUUUCGCUGCUGCCCUUAAGCAGGGACAGAAGGCUGUAGACGCCCUCGGUUCAGACCGUGUCAUCGUCGCAACUUCAUCUUCCCUCCUUCACACCCCGGUCACCCUUGCUUCGGAGAAAAAACUCACCGAGGAGCAGAAGGAUUGGUUCUCCUUCGCUUUGGAGAAGGCAGCUGAGGUUUCUACUCUCGCCGCAGCUCUGUCCGGUUCACAGGACCCUGCUGUCGCUGCAGCCCUCGAGGCUAACCGAGUUUCCAUCGCAAAACGCCGUGAAUUCGAGACCACCUCGGAUGACACCGUUCGCAAGCGUGUCGCUGCCAUCACCCCCGAUCAACUUGAUCGCAAGAGUCCUUUCGCUGUUCGCAAGGAUAUUCAAGCGAAGCACCUCAACUUGCCCAAGUUCCCUACUACCACUAUCGGAUCUUUCCCUCAAACCAAGGAAAUUCGUCAAGCCCGUGCCAAGCUUGGCAAGGGUGAGAUUACCGAGGCCGAGUACGAUGAGUUCAUCAAGAAAGAGAUUGAAAGUGUUGUGAGGUUCCAGGAAAAGAUUGGCCUUGAUCUCCUUGUCCACUGGCUCUCUGGUUUCGUUUUCACUCAGAAUGCAUGGGUCCAGAGUUACGGAUCUCGUUACGUCCGACCUCCCAUCAUCGUUUCUGAUGUCAGCCGCCCCAGUCCUAUUACGGUGCAAUGGAGUAGCUAUGCUCAGAGUUUGACCAAGAAGCCGAUGAAGGGAAUGUUGACUGGCCCAGUCACCAUCCUCAACUGGUCUUUCCCUCGUGCCGACGUCUCGCGCGAAUUGCAAUCCAAGCAACUUGCUCUCGCUCUCCGCGAUGAGGUCAUUGAUCUCGAGAAGGCUGGCAUCAGCGCUAUCCAAGUCGACGAACCUGCUAUCCGUGAGGGUCUGCCUCUUCGUCUUGUCAACUGCUGGCGUUACCUGACCAGCUCCAAACCCACUCUCACUUCUGCUACUCCGACUUUGAUGACAUCUUCCCGUCCAUCCAGCGUCUCGACGCUGAUACCUACGGAUACUCAAACCAGAUCUGGGCCUGGUGUCUAUGAUAUCCACUCCCCUCGUGUCCCCGGUGACCAGGAGAUCAAGGACCGACUCAAGGCCAUGCUCGACAUUCUUCCCGACUCUUUGCUCUUUGUCAACCCUGAUUGUGGUCUCAAGACUCGUGGUUGGAAGGAAACUGAAGCCUCGCUCAUCAACCUCGUUGCCGGUGCUCGCUGGGCUCGUGAAAAUUACGCUUAAAUAACCCCUAUCAUUCCGCUUCAACAGCGCUCUUUGACUGGUUAACUUAUGGGCUUCAUCAGUCCUGUGACCGUUGGGUAGUUGUGGCGAUAUUGUUGUCUGGCGUUAGGACAUGCAUCAUAGGGAGGGCAGAGUAGACUGCUGCACGCUUGCUCGGUGAGAGCUUCCGCUUUGCGGGGCCGUGGCUGAGGAGGGUUGGUGCAGCAGUAGUUCAUAUAUUCGGAUUUCAACAAUCCCCGAAUCUGUAUCAUUAGUAUCAUUGCAAUCCCAUGUUUGGAUAGUCGCCGAAUUCACGCGCAU